AACUUUCCCGGACCUGAGCGCGGCCGGAAGUUCCCCAGGCGUUGUCAGGAGAACUACAGUUCCCAGAAGGCAAUGCAGAGGAAGGGAGGGAGUAGAAGAGGACUUCCGGGCGCUGAUGCGGACCUUGUCAGCGCGACGUUCAGAGGGACCAUGACGAAGUUAACCCAGUGGCUUUGGGGACUGGCGCUCUUGGGCUCUGCCUGGGCUGCCCUGACCAUGGGAGCUCUGGGCCUGGAACUGCCUCUCCCCUGCCGGGAGGUCCUGUGGCCACUGCCUGCCUACCUGCUGGUGUCCGCUGGCUGCUAUGCCCUGGGCACUGUGGGCUAUCGUGUGGCCACCUUUCACGACUGCGAAGACGCCGCCCGAGAGCUGCAGAGCCAGAUCCUGGAGGCGCGAGCAGAUUUAACCCGCAGGGGGCUACACUUCUGACACCUUCGCCCAUUCCUGUCCGGACAACCUUCCUCAUUCCCUAUUAAAGCGAAGUUUUAUUUUCUAA